AUGCCGGUGCUUGGAGCGAACUUCGACCUCGACCGUCUCAAGCCGGAGCUUUACGACCUCAACACUAUCGCAGGAGUUGUGAGCUUGCAGAACAUCAUCAAGGCGUUCGUUGCCGACCUCAGAAAGGAUUUCGACUACACACGCAAGAUGCAUUUCUGCGACCUCUACGAUGAAAUUGCAAUCGCUGGUGGUGAGACCGAACCUUUGAAGGUGUUCAUAGACCUCAUUAGGCCUUACAAUGUCUGGACAUUUGCGCGCGAUGCUCUCUACGAGUCAAACUUCAUCGACUUCUUUGGUCUAAAGCGUCCGCCGUCGUAUGCCAUCGAUAUCAUCCCCCGUCCAACCAUCGCUACAGAUCUCUACAACACUGUCCGAAACAACGAGUUCCGCCACUUCACGCACAAGCCUGACGACCGCGAGACAAUGCUGCUUGCUCAAGCUCGAUUCAUCAGCGCACUGGAUGGAAUGCACGAUAGUCGAGGCGUCCUAUCUGAUGCGAAACAAAUUCAGUUUGCAAGCUGGAUUUCCGAAGUGAUGGGUCAGUUCAAUAGCCUUACGAAAUAG